AUGAAGUUAGGGUUGCUGGUGGUUUUGGCCGUUGCGGUUCUGGUGCCCAGCCUGUCGGAGGGCCGGACCGUCUCCAGAUGCGAGCUGAAGGAAACGCUUGGGAAAGUGAUCAACCUGCCCGGAAGGUUAAAGGAAAGAAUCCUGGCAAGAGUUAUCUGUGAGUUGGAAAGAAGGUCCCGGCUGAAGACCGACCUGGUGAAGGGCAAAUGCAAAACUAUAAAACCCAAACCAGCAACCAUCGAGCCAACAACCACUGAAACAACAACCAUCGAGCCAACAACCACUGAAACAACAACCACGGAACCAACAACCACUGAAACAACAACCAUCGAGCCAACAACCACUGAAACAACAAUCAUCGAGCCAACAACCACUGGAACAACAACCAUCGAGCCAACAACCACUGAAACAACAACCAUCGAGCCAACAACCACUGAAACAACAACCAUCGAGCCAACAACCACUGAAACAACAACCAUCGGGCCAACAACCACUGAAACAACAACCAUCGAGCCAACAACCACUGGAACAACAACCAUCGGGCCAACAACCACUGAAACAACAACCAUCGAGCCAACAACCACUGGAACAACAACCAUUGAGCCAACAACCACUGAAACAACAACCAUCGAGCCAACAACCACAGAAACAACAACCAUCGGGCCAACAACCACUGAAACAACAACCAUCGAGCCAACAACCACUGGAACAACAACCAUCGAGCCAACAACCACUGGAACAACAACCAUCGGGCCAACAACCACUGAAACAACAAAACCAACAACCACUGAAACAACAACCACGGAACCAACAACCACGGAACCAACAACCAUUGAAACAACAACCAUUGAAACAACAACCACCGAGCCAACAACCACCGAAACAACAACCACCGAGCCAACAACCACCGAGUCAACAACCACCGAGCCAACAACCACCGAGUCAACAACCACGGAACCAACAACCACUGAAACAACAGCUAUUGAGCCAACCACCACCAUGCCAACCACCACCGAAACUGUUGUCAGACGAAAGCGUGAGACUGACAGGACCAGCGAGGAGAUCACAGAAGACCUGGAGGAACUGUUGAAACUGUUAGAAGACAAGGAAAGCAUGAUUGAGGAAGAAGAGAGUGCUGAGGACGAGGUGAUGCAAGAUGACAUGAUGAGCGAUGAGGACGAAGAGAGCGCUGAGGACGAGGUGAUGCCAGAUGACAUGAUGAGCGAUGAGGUCGAAGAGAGCGCUGAGGACGAGGUGAUGCCAGAUGACAUGACAAGUGAUGAGGACUUAGAGAGCGAUGAGUGGGACAGCAAAGAUGAAGACGAGGAUGAAGAGACCGAGGAAGGCGGGAAACGUAAGAAGCGUAGCGUGUGGCGCUGGAAGCCGAAAAAGAACAGAAGACAGUCGCCUCUCUGCUUUUACGGGCUCUUCCAGCUGUCUAACAAGAUUUUCUGUAACUCGGGUUAUGGCUGGUCCAAAAACAUUUGCCACACACACUGCGACGCCUUCACCGAUGACGACAUAAUGGAUGACAUUGAAUGCUGUUUGAAGGCCGGCAAAGUUUGCUUGCGGUAA